AACUUUAAAUAUGGCAACUCAAAGUCAUUCAACAAGCCAUUCAAUUACGUUUUCAUUCAUACCAUUCUCAAUCUUUCAUUCAUUUUCAUUCUUAUGAAGGACAUUUCUUAAAUCGUCCAUUUUGAACUUGAUCGUCUAAUCGAGCUCAUAGUUCAACAAUGGCGGACGCAGCUCCAGCCGGUGGACGCGGUGGUUUCCGUGGCGGAUUCGGAUCACGUGGUGGUGAUAGAGGACGUGGUGGCCCACGCGGUCGUGGUCGUGGUCGCGGCCGUGGCCGUGGACGCGGUAAGGAAGAGCAGAAAGAAUGGGUGCCUGUAACCAAGCUGGGACGUCUCGUGCGAGAGGGAAAGAUCGACAAGCUUGAGAGCAUUUAUCUGUUCUCAUUGCCCAUUAAAGAAUUCGAAAUUAUCGAUUUCUUCCUUGGUGCCUCUUUGAACGAUGAGGUUUUGAAGAUCAUGCCCGUACAGAAGCAGACUAGGGCUGGUCAACGUACCCGUUUCAAGGCUUUCGUGGCUAUCGGGGACAACAAUGGACACAUUGGUCUUGGAGUUAAGUGCAGCAAGGAAGUAGCUACAGCUAUCCGAGGCGCUAUUAUUCUAGCAAAAUUGUCCGUUCUGCCUGUCCGCAGAGGAUACUGGGGUAACAAGAUCGGCAAGCCUCAUACUGUACCCUGCAAGGUAACUGGUAAGUGUGGUUCAGUCACUGUCCGUCUUAUUCCUGCUCCCCGUGGUACUGGUAUUGUGUCGGCCCCUGUUCCCAAGAAGCUUCUUCAGAUGGCCGGAGUCCAGGAUUGCUACACCUCAGCUCGUGGUUCAACUGGAACCCUCGGCAACUUUGCCAAAGCCACCUAUGCGGCCAUUGCAAAGACCUAUGCCUACUUGACACCAGACUUAUGGAGGGACAUUCCAUUGACCAAAUCACCAUACUCUGAAUUCAAAGUCUAAAUGUAAUUCUAAAUAAACCUUUUGGAAUUAA